AUGCCUCCGCCAGCGCCUUCCCGCCUCCUGGCCGUCCUCUCCGCCCGCCCCCCUCCGCCGCUCCGCCGCCUCCUUCAGCUCCACGCGCACCUCCUCACCGCCGNCCUUCUCUCCUCCCCGUCCCCACUCCCCCUCUCCUCCAGCCUCGUCGUGGCAUUCGCCCACUCCGACGACCCGCGGCACGCCCCCCGCCCGCUCCUCCACGCGCUCGCCCUCCUCGCCUCCCUGCCCUCCCCGCCCGACUCCGCGCGCCCCUACAACGCCGCGCUCCGCGCCCUCUCUCUCUGCGCGCACCGCGGCCUCGUCCCACGGUGCCUCCCGCUCUACCGCUCGCUCCUCCUGUCCGCCCGCCCGGACCACCUCACCUUCCCCUUCCUGCUUAAGGCGUGCGCGUGCCUGCAGGAGCGGGGCUACGGGGACGCUGUCCUAGGGCAUGUAUUCAGGCUCGGGUUCCACGCGGACGUCUUCGUGGCGAACGCCGCGGUGCACUUCCUGGCGGUGCGCGCGUCCAUGGCGGAGGCACGCAGGCUGUUCGAUCAGAUGCCUGUGAGGGAUCUGGUGUCGUGGAACACGCUGAUUGGCGGCUAUGUGCGAAGGGGCCUACCUGGGGAGGCCUUGGAGGUGUUCUGGAGGAUGGCCGAGGAUGGGACGCUGGCGCCUGACGAGGUGACGAUGAUUGGGGUCGUGUCAGGGUGCGGGCAGCUGCGGGAUCUGGAGCUUGGGAAGAGGUUCCAUGGGUAUGUGGAGAGCAAUGGAGUGAGGUGCACUGUGAGGCUGAUGAAUGUGCUAAUGGAUAUGUAUGUCAAAUGCGGCGAUUUGGAGCGGGCCAAGUCCGUGUUCGAGAGGAUUGAUGGCAAAACGGUUGUUUCGUGGACAACCAUGAUUGUUGCGUAUACAAAGUUCGGGCUGAUGGACGAUGCGAGGAGGGUGUUUGAUGAGAUGCCUGAAAGGGACGCAUUCCCGUGGAAUGCGCUGAUGGCCGGUUAUGUGCAGUGUAAGCAGGGCAAGGAGGCUCUUGGAUUGUUUCAUGAGAUGCAGGAAGCAAAGGUGAGGCCUGAUGAGAUUACCAUGGUCAAUAUUUUAUCGGCUUGCUCGCAGCUUGGAGCUCUAGAAAUGGGUAUGUGGGUUCACCAUUACAUCGACCGACACCGGCUUUCACUUAGUGUCACACUAGGCACAAAUCUAGUUGACAUGUAUGCAAAGUGUGGGAACAUCGAGAAGGCCAUCCAUGUUUUCAAAGAUUUACCGGAGAAAAAUGCGCUCACGUGGACAGCAAUGUUAUGCGGCCUGGCAAAUCAUGGACGUGCUGAUGAGGCAAUACAGUACUUCCGUAGAAUGAUAGAGCUUGGAUUGCAGCCUGAUGAGAUUACAUUCAUAGGGGUUCUGUCUGCAUGUUGUCAUGCUGGCCUGGUUAAAGAAGGCCGUGAAUUUUUUUCCCUACUGGUCUCAAAAUAUCACCUUGAGAGGAAAAUGAAACAUUAUUCAUGUAUGAUAGACUUGCUAGGCAGAGCAGGUCAUUUAGAUGAAGCAGAGCAUCUAGUAAACACCAUGCCAAUGGAGCCUGAUGCAGUAGUGUGGGGUGCUCUCUUCUUUGCUUGUAGACUGCAUGGUAAUAUUACUCUGGGUGAAAGGGCAGCAAUGAAAUUAGUAGAGCUUGACCCGAGCGACAGUGGAAUAUAUGUGCUACUGGCUAACAUGUAUGUAGAGGCAGGAAUGAAGAAGAAGGCUGAUAAAGUGAGGGUGAUGAUGAGGCACUUGGGAGUGGAAAAAGUUCCUGGAUGUAGUUGCAUCGAGCUAAAUGGGGUGGUUCAUGAAUUUAUCGUGAAGGACAAGUCACAUACAGACAGUGAUGCUAUCUAUGACUGCUUGCAUGAUAUCACACAACAAAUAAGGCACACUGCAAACAUGAUUGACAUUUGUGCAACUGGCUGA